UAUACUGAAAAAUUGUGCCAAAAUGGCACCAAAACAACAUGUUAUGUCAGCAAUUUUGGUUAUAACUUGUGUAUUGUGUUAUUAUAACAGUUGUUACUGUGGAUUUGUGUUUGACGACAUUAGUGCAAUUAAAGAUAAUCGUGAUUUAAGACCACACACACCGUUGAAAAAUAUAUUCGCCAAUGACUUUUGGGGCACACCUAUGCAUAAGGAACAAAGUCACAAAUCUUAUCGACCCCUGUGCGUUCUAACAUUUCGAUGGAAUUACCUUUUUCAUCAACUAGAGCCCAUGGGGUAUCAUUUUGUAAAUAUGUUGCUGCAUGCUGUGGUGUGUCUUAUGUAUUUCCGAAUGUGUGCAAUGUUUCUACCAGAAUUAGCUGCUUUUGCAUCAGCAAUGUUAUUUGCUGUACAUCCAAUACACACUGAAGCGGUGACAGGUGUUGUGGGUCGAGCGGAAACUUUAUCAUCAGUAUUCUUUCUUGCCGCAUUUAUUACCUACAGUAAAACUACGAAACGUAAAAAAUCAACAGGUUGGCGAUCACUAAUCUUAUCGAUGAUUUUUGUUGCAACAGCAAUGUUAUGCAAGGAACAAGGAAUUACUAUAACUGGAAUAUGUGCUACGUACGAAAUAUUUGUGGCACAAAAGUUACGUCUACACGAUUUACAAUAUAUAAUCAAAUCAAUCUUAAGUGGGAAAAGUUGUUUGCAUCCCACAUGGCCAAUGGAAGCAACAAAACGUUUAGUGGUAUUAGCGGGUACUACAAUCUUAUUAUUGUUAGGUCGCUUACAAAUAAUGGGAUCCCAGUUACCCGUAUUCACACGUUUUGAUAAUCCAGCUUCUGUUGCACCAACGCCCACACGACAAUUAAGUUAUCAUUAUUUAAUAAGUGUAAAUGUAUGGUUGUUGUUAUUCCCAUGUGAUUUAUGUUGUGAUUGGACAAUGGGCACCGUGCCAUUGAUUGAAACGUUAACGGAUUACAGAAAUCUAGCAACAAUUGUAUCAUAUGCUGGUGUUGCAUUAUUGGUAUUUACGGCAUUAAGUACAGAUAAUCGACAGCAAGCAACAGUCAUUUUAAUGAGUUUGGCUUUUCUAAUUCUACCAUUUUUGCCAGCCUCAAAUUUAUUCUUUCCUGUGGGAUUUGUAAUUGCUGAACGUGUACUUUACAUGCCGUCAAUGGGUUUUUGUAUGUUAGUUGGAUAUGGUUUUUAUUUACUAGCCGAAAAACGACAUAAAAAAUUAACAUAUAUUGCAUUUUCACUUUUACUAUUAUCUCAUGGAAUUAAAACUUAUUUGCGAAAUUGGGAUUGGGAAUCGGAAUACUCAAUAUUCAUGUCUGGCUUAAAAGUAAAUCAACGCAAUGCAAAAUUAUUCAACAAUGUGGGACAUGCUUUAGAAAGUCAAGGAAAAUAUCAUGAAGCAUUGGCCUAUUUUCACACCGCUGUUAGCGUUCAAGAAGAUGAUGUUGGCGCCCAUAUUAAUGUUGGCAGAACAUAUAAUCACCUCAAAAUGUUUAAAGAAGCAGAAGAUGCUUAUUUGAGAGCGAAAUCAUUACUACCAAAAGCGAAACCGGGUGAAUCAUAUCAAGCUAGAAUUGCACCAAAUCAUUUAAAUGUAUUCUUAAAUUUAGCGAAUUUAAUAUCCAGAAAUGUUACCCGAUUAGAAGAAGCUGAUUUGUUAUAUAGACAAGCAAUUAGUAUGAGAGCGGAUUAUACGCAAGCAUACAUUAAUCGUGGAGAUAUUUUAAUUAAAUUAAAUCGCACAAAAGAAGCGCAAGAAGUAUAUGAGCGAGCGCUAUUGUACGACAGUAAUAAUCCAGAUAUUUACUAUAAUCUUGGUGUUGUAUUUCUGGAACAAGGAAAAGCUUCGCAAGCACUUGCGUAUUUAGAUAAAGCUUUAGAAUUUGACCCUGAACAUGAGCAAGCGUUACUGAAUUCAGCAAUUUUACUGCAAGAGUUAGGCAGGCCAGAAUUAAGGCGAAUAGCACGUGAAAGACUGCUAAAACUACUUGUUAAAGACAGCACGAAUGAAAGAGUACACUUUAAUUUGGGCAUGUUGGCAAUGGAUGAUAAAGACAUUGAAAAUGCUGAAAAUUGGUUCCGGCGUGCAGUACAUUUAAAACCAGAUUUUCGUAGUGCAUUAUUUAAUUUAGCAUUGUUAUUGGCUGAUGAUCAGCGGCCAUUAGAAGCUGCCCCAUUUUUAAAUCAGCUAGUAAAAUAUCAUCCAGAUCAUGUGAAAGGAUUAAUUCUACUAGGAGAUAUUUACAUUAAUAAUAUUAAGGAUUUAGAUGCGGCCGAAAAUUGUUACAAACGAAUAUUGCAGCUGGAUCCUGUAAACAUUCAAGGACUUCAUAAUUUGUGCGUAGUGUACGUGGAACGUGGCAAACUAUUGCAAGCACAAGCUUGUUUAAAACAUGCUCAUCAAUUAGCACCUGGUGAAGAUUACGUUUUACGACACUUACAAAUAGUAACAAAUCGAAUAUCAAAACUAAAAAACACCGACAGUAUUCAGUAUCAAAUAGCAUUUCAAGAUUUCGAUCCUGCUGAAUUUGGUGGUAGCAGGCGAAAUACAAAAUAUGAAGAUGAUAAAACACGCGUUACGCAUAAUCAAAGUGCAAGUCCACAAUUAACAACACCAAAUCGACCAAUGAAAAUGUCAGAGAAAAGUGAUGAACAGUCAUUCUAUGAUGAACCAAUAUUUAUGGAUGAACUUUCCCAAAAAACUUCAGCAGCAGUGGGUGGUAUCCAUCAAACAGAUCAUCCAUCUGCAACGUUUUAUACGUCAAAUAAUUAUCAAAUUACUCAACAAUCAGGUUUAGUUGCAUCAGAUCUAGAUGAUCCGUCAUCUGGUAUGUCUUAGCAAUAAAUUUCUUAAUUAAAAUAACGGCUACAAUGAUUUUCAGUCAAUAUGGUCAUAAUUAAAUUUUGCAUGAAUUCGAUAUCAAAAAUAAUUAAUAUUUCUACUACUAAACAAUCCAAGAACAAUAUGUAAUUUUAAAGUUUCCGUACCUAUAAUACACAAACCAAAAUCCCUCCAACUUUUACCAGAAACAUUAAUAUGAUCAAAGGUCAAAGAACAAUCCUUUUCUUUUACUAAACCUAUUGACUGAAAAGAAUUGAUCAAUAUUUUUAACAUUACAAAAAUGCCGAAAAUUAAAAAUUAAUGUUUAAAUAAAAUUAAGUAAGUAAAUAGAUUUUACACUGGAGAAACAAAAAUCUUAUUAAUAAUCACAAAACACGUAAUCAAGAAUUUCCCCAAAAAAUAUA